GCAGGGUCAGUCCCCUACCAGAGCCCUGGAGCAUGGCUGUGUGGGGCCUGGGAGGUCGCCUUGGCUUGCGCGGGUGCCUCGGCGCCCGCAAGCUAUUGUGUCCCCGUUUCCAGAGCCGCGGCCCCCAGGGCGUGGAAGACGGGGACAGGCCACAGCCUUCCUCGAAGACACCCAAGCUCCCCAAGAUCUACACCAAAACAGGAGACAAAGGGUUUUCCAGCACCUUCACUGGAGAAAGGAGACCGAAAGACGACCAGGUGUUUGAAGCCGUGGGAACUACAGAUGAAUUAAGUUCAGCCAUUGGGUUUGCUAUGGAAUUAAUUGCAGAAAAGGGCCACCCAUUUGUGGAAGAGCUUCAGAAAAUCCAAUGCUCCCUGCAGGACGUCGGCUCUGCACUGGCAACACCGCGCUCCUCAGCCAGGGAGGCUCACUUAAAACAUGCCACGUUCGAGGCAGGGCCCAUCCUGGAGCUGGAGCAGUGGAUCGACAGAUACUCCAGCCAGCUGCCCCCGCUCACGGCUUUCAUCCUGCCUUCCGGAGGCAAGAGCAGCUCCGCACUGCAUCUCUGUCGGGCCGUGUGCCGCCGAGCUGAGAGACGCGUGGUGCCUCUUGUCCAGUCCGGUGAGACGGAUGCAAACGUGGCCAAGUUCUUAAACAGAUCAUUCCAUUUGCCUUCUUCUGCCCCUCCAGACUCAGUGACUAUCUCUUCACGUUAGCCAGAUACACAGCCAUGAAGGAGGGGAAUCCAGAAAAAAUAUACAAGAAAAAUGACUUGUUGGUCCAUGCCUGAGGCGCUUGGAAAUAAUGGAAAAAGGGAGCUUUGCAGACUCCUCCACAGUGACAACGGGGAAGGAAGACUUUGCCCUCGUGUCCUGAUUCCUGAAGAUCUCACCCAGAGGGGCCAGAAGCUGGUCUUUUGUCCAGACUCCGCUUCGUCUCAGGGCCCCCCACUUCCUUCAGGAGCUGAGGCCGGUGGAGAAUUCUAGCCCCCUCCCCUGGGCUCUCCUCAGCCUUCCAAAAAAGAAUAAAAGUGGGAAAGGCUUGAGGGGGUGUGUGUGGGGGUGUGUGUGUGGGUAUGUGAGAGAGAGAGAGAGAGAGACGGAUGCCCUCCACUGGCAGCUCAUUUGGAAUGGUACCAGAGGCCCUUGGAAAUGUAAUUGUGAUUUACCUGUGCCAAAGGGGCUUUAAAAUGUCACAUUUAUAAAGAGUAAGGCAGACAGGAUUUGGAGUUUGGUCACCUCUGAGCCACUCACCAAGGGGGAAGGACGGCUGCAGACUGACAGGCGAGGCCUCGGAAACACUUGGACUGAAGUGCAUGUGUGGCGAGGGUGCAGCCUGGAGAAUCUUCUCUAAAGGGGAGCCUUCCUCCAUCAAGCGACGGACAUCCCGGGGAGAGGAACACCACCACUUUAAUGAGGGCAUGUCCUGCCCGGGCAGGUGGCGUCCAGGGUCAGAGAUGAACUGCGUUCAGCUUCAGACUAUAAGCUCUUAUGUUUCCAGCGAGGCUGACGCAGACCAGACCUACUUCUCUGAUGUUGCACUUGGCUGGUUUAUGCCUCUGAGAUCCGGGCCACAGCUGUAUUUUAUUUCAGUUGUCACUGCUGCUCCCUCCCGCUAGGAAGUGACCCUACCAGUGCCAGGUGUGUCCUUGGGAAGGGGGAUAUUUAUGAAGGGUGAGGAGGCAGCCCUGAGAACCUGAAGACUCCACGCCACUAAUUGCAGGAAACAACUUGGGAAGGGCAGGCUCUCACUAACUGUCAGGGCGGAAACGCCCAGUGAACUCCAUCCAGCCAUCAUUUAAUAGCCUGAAGCUCGGAAGUCUGGUCCCUCCAGCCAUCCUUGCCAGCAGUUAGGAAACAUUAAAAUGAUGAGUUUUGUGCUAGCUUUGCUUUCGUUCUUAACCAGCUUACCUGCUCAUUUUGCUGGAGGAACAUCAUUAUCUCGUCCCUUCUGGGUCCUUUCGUUCCUGGACUUGGGCAAAGUGGCUGAGGUGCAGGUGACCGUGAGUGAAAGUGAAAACCCUCCAGGAAGUGGCCCCGGCCAGCAGUUGGCGCCAGGUCUGGUGCAUGGUGGGCACUCGGCCUGUGUGAACAGAACUGAGAACAUUACAGAACAGGCUAAAGGUGGUUCACUGUCGGGCAGGCACUCAGGCUGGACCGGGGAGGGUUAUGUUCCAAGAGCUCACAGCAAAUCCAAGUGACUAGGUCCUGCCCACACCUUAGCAUCUUCCUGGAAGGAGCAGGACGUACAUAAUAAAAAGUCCCACAUGCCCCACUGUAGUGAAACAUCUGCAAAGGACAAGAGGAGUUCUUUGAGUAGACACAGCGUCCUCAUGGGAUGAUCUCUGAAACAAGGCCUUUUCCUGUAGCCAUAUCCCCUCCCCAGCAGCCCUUGCUGGGAGGGGCUGUCGCAGGCCAGAUGGUAACUCUGGGUUCCCAGGUCCCACGCCCCCUGCAUCAUCCCUUCCACCAGCAAACAUCCCCGAGAAACAAACACCCCUGAGAAACAUGCAGGUGCAGGCAUGUCCUGUGCCACUGACCUGGGAAGAACUGAGGUGGCCUGCUGGGGAAGGGCUCGCCCAGGGGACGGGUCAGUUUGAAACUUUCGCUCCUCUGCUGUACCUUACAUAGCCAUGUGGGAGCUGGAAGCAAAAGGAAAAAUGUGUUCACCCCCGUACACUUAGCAAAACAUCCUCCUCGGUCUCGAACCCAGUGGGAAAAGUUAAUGAAAACUCCAUGAUCGAAACACAUGACUGUAUAUAAAGCCCGUCUGCAACCGCUGUCAACCCUUGUAAAUGGUCGUCCGCAUCACACAGCAACGCAGGUCGGGAGAGAAAUGGCAGGCUGUUUUUAUAUAUAAUGGUGAUACCUUGUCGAUCAUAGAUUUUGUUUUUGCAUAAAUUUGAUUUUUAAAAAUAUCGUGGUGAGGGACUUCCCUGGUGGUCCAGCGGUUAAGACUUCACCUUCCAGUGCAGGGGGUGUGGGUUCAAUCCCUGGUCAGGGAGCUAAGGUC